GGUCACUCUUAUGAGGGCCACCUGUUCUGUUAAGUAGGCAUAAUAUUCAGGAGAAAUUAAUAAUGUAUGUAAGUGGGUUCAAAGGAUUGUGCUGUGUUCAAAUGUCAGCCAAAAUGAGCAGAGUUUAUGCACUAUCUGUGCUUAUUUCCACCUAACGUUAGAGCACUUUGUAGGUCACUAAAGGACUUAUACAACGAGAGAGAAAUAUAUCAGCACAUCUUGCGUCGCCUCCUUCGUUAUCUUGCUCCCAUCAAUUGUUCUCCCUCUCCAUCUGCUCCGCUCGUUGCUCCCCGUGUCUCUCCUCCCACCGCGCGGACGGUGGGACGUUAACAGCAGCCACACAGUCAGCCAUGUUGUUGGUGUGACACACCGAGCUGUCAGCAACAGGUCCUCAAGAGUAACGACGCCGCUCAACUUUUUUUUUUUUUUUACACAUUUCUCCAACAAACAGCGCUCUCUUUUGGAUGAUAAACCUCUGCGGUGUUUGCGGGAAACCCUCCUGAAGUGUUGGAUGAUAACUUCGGGCCCCGCUGAAGCUCAGAAGUUGGUAUUUUGUUCAGUUUUUUUGGCCGUGAGAGAGAGAGAGAGAGUGACACCACUGUCCCGUCUUAGCUGCAGUAUUGACUGAUGACUGGGCUGUGACUGUGUGUUUUGCAGAUGGCUGCAAACAGUAGCUGAGGACGCUGCCGGGAGUUCCCCCCCUUGCUGUCUCUACCACCUGCAAAUAUGAAUGGUGGUCUAAGUGUUUGGGCGAUCUCUCCAGAGGAGAGGAACAAACAUGAUCAGAAGUUUGACACCCUCUCCCCAUCAAUGGGCUAUGUCUCAGGGGAGCAGGCAAGGAAGUUUUUCCUCCAGUCAGGGCUGCCUGCCUCAGUGUUGGCUGAGAUAUGGACUCUGGCCGAUAUGAAUAAAGAUGGGAAGAUGGACAGGUUGGAGUUUUCUAUCGCGAUGAAGCUCAUAAAGCUAAAACUCCAGGGUACAUUGCUUCCCUCUGCACUGCCAAUCAUCAUGAAGCAGCCUCCAGUGCCUGCUCCCACCCUCACUAACCCCACCUCAACCUUGACCAACCCAGCCUACGGUAUGGGUGCUGUGCCUAACAUGUCCAUGAUGCCCGGGACAAACCUCGCCAUGUUGACCCCUCUCUCCAUGGCAACCCCUGGACUCUCACCUUUGACACCAAUGACAGGCCUCACUCCCUUGGUUACUACAGCAACAGGCAUGAGCCCUCUAAUAGCCUCCACCCCUAACAGGCCCCUGAUGCCCACUGUGGGAAAUGCCACCCUGCCAAACGGCACCAUGGGAAUUCUCCAACCAAUCCAAACUGGAACUCUGGCCUCUGGCAUACCUUACUCUGCAUCGCCUUACUCCUCUCCAAUGGGACUCUCCUCUGGUGCUGGUAUGAACAAGGCCUCAUCACUGCUGGAUCUAGGAUCUGUCAGCUCCGCUUCCUCAUCCCCCUCUGUGAUGUCCCCCAUGGGUACUGCUCCCAGCGACUGGGCUGUGCCACAUGCCUCCAGACUCAAAUACAGACAGCAGUUCAACAGCUUGGAUAAACAGAUGACUGGAUACCUCACUGGUCAGCAGGUGCGAGGUGCCAUGGCGACCACGAUGCUGACUCAGACGCAGCUGGCUUCCAUCUGGAAUUUAGCUGAUGUGGAUAAGGACGGCAAGUUAAAAGCCGAUGAGUUUAUUCUGGCAAUGCAUCUGGUGGACAUGGCAAAGACUGGACAACCACUGCCGCUGACACUGCCAACUGAGCUGGUACCACCCUCACGAAGGAGUGCAGUGAAUGGAUCCAGCCCUUCUCCCUAUGCAGCUCUGACUGAUGACUUGGACAUAGAACCUCCACAGAAAGCCAAAGCCAACUAUACAUUCGAGGAUAAAUUCAAAGCUAACCUGGAGCGAGGGAAUGCAGAGCUGGAGAAAAGACGACAAGCUCUGCUGGAGGCAGAAAGGAGGGAGCAGGAGCGUCGUGCUCAGAAGGAGAGAGAGGAGCGCGAGAGAAAAGAGAGGGAGGCUCGGGAGGCCGAGGAGAGGAGAAGAAAAGAGGAGGAGAGGAGGCUGGAGCGACAGAGGGAGCUGGAGAGGCAGAGAGAAGAAGAGCGACAGAAAGAGAUAGAGAGAAAAGAGGCUGCACAACGGGAGCUUGAGCGCCAGAGGAAGGAGGAGUGGGAGAGGAGGAGGCGAGGAGAGCUCCAGAUAAAGAGGGAACAGGAGCAGGAUGAUAUCAUCAAACUGAAAGCAAAGAAAAGGAGUCUGGAGAUGGAGCUGGAGGCUGUGGGCAACAAGCAUCGCCAGAUCUCAGACCGGCUGCGUGACUUUCAAAACAAGAAGAAGCUUCAGAAGACAGAGCUGGAUCUGACCAAUCAAAGGACAGAGACACGCCAGCAGGACAUUAACAACCUGCAGAAACAGCUAGAGGAGUUCCAGAGGAAGUUGUCCCAGCUGACUCCAGAGCAAAAGAGACUGACUGAGAAACUCCAAAACAUGGCUCUGAAUAACCUGACUGUGUCGACCAUGUCCGCCCUGAAGUCGGGGGUCUCAGAGAAAAAAGGGACAUGUAUGAAACUGCGUGUGCAGCUGGAAGCUCUGGAGAAGGACACUGCUGCCAAACUGGCUGAGAUGGACCGGUAUAACAAAGAUAUGCAGGAACUGAGAGACAGCCAGAGAAACCAGCAGGCGGCUCUAGAGAAACUACGGAGCAUCAAAGAGGACAAACGGCGUGAGCUGAUUCAAAGGAAGGAGCAGGAAGAGGUGAAGAGGAAGAGGGAAGAGGAGAGGAAACAACAGGAGGAGGAGAGAAAGCGGAGGGAGGAAGAGGAAGCUCAGAGGCGUAUUAAGAUGGAAAAAGAGCGUCAGUGGCAGGAGAAACUGAAGAGGGAUGAAGAGGAGCGUCAGAGGAAGCUUCAGGAGGAGAGGGAGGCUAAAAAGAGGGAGGAAGAGGAGAAAGAGAGACAAGCCCUCAUCCAGGCUGCUAAGGAGCAGGCCGAAAGAGAGCUCAGAGCAAAGGAGGAGGCAGAGCGGAAGAGAAGAGAGGCAGAGGAGAGGAAGAAAAGAGAAGAGGAGGAGAGGCAGAAGCAAGCAGAGAGACAAAGGCAAGAGGAGGAGAGGAGAAAACUGGAGGAGGAGAGGAGGCAGCUGGAGGAAGAGAGGAGGAAACUAGAGGAAGACAGGAGGAGAGAGGAGAAAAGACGGAAAGAAGAAGAGGAGCGACGCAGGAGAGAGGAGGAGAGGAAGAGGCUAGAGGAGGAGCGAAGAGAGGAGGAGCGCAAAAGAGAGAGGGAGGAGGAGGAGAGGAGGAGAUACAGGGCAGCCGAGGCCGCCAUGCGAGAUGUGGAGGAGAGGAGAAAGCGAGAGGAGGAGGAGAGAAAGAAGAGAGAGGAGGAGGAGAGGAGGAAGCUUCAGCAGCAGGAAGAGGAGAGGAGGAACCAUGAGAGAGAGAGGCAGAGGGCGGAGGAGGAGAGGAAGAGGAAGGAGGAGGAAGAGGAGAGGAGGAAAGCCGAGGAGGAGAGAAAGAGGAAGGAGGAAGCAUCUCGUCAGCAGCAGCAGCAGCCAAGGGUAGCGGGGAAGGUGGAUAUUCAAGCUCUGCUGAGAGGACUGGAGGAGAGGAAGGGUGGACAACCCAGGGCCACACAACACAGGAAGUCAGCAGCUCUCACCUCCUUCAAAGCGCUCUACCCAUUCACUGCACGAAACAACGAAGAGCUCAGCUUCAACGCAGAAGACGUCAUCGAGGUCGAUGAGACGACAGAGCGGGAGGAGGGUUGGCUGUAUGGCAGCAAACAGGGAAAGAUGGGCUGGUUCCCGGAGAGUUACGUCGAGAGAGUGGCCCCAUCAAACACAGCUAAUAAGACUACUGCUGCUGCUGCCGCCGCUCCUAAAUUGCCGCUUCAGUCGCAGCUUUCCAACGCCCUCGAGGCUGCUAAGGCAGCAGGGACGAAGUCUGCCUUCACACCAACACACUCUCCAAACCCUGGACCGUCUGAGUCACAAGGACAGCAGGUGGUGGGUAACCUGUUGGCUCAGGCCCUGUGUUCAUGGACAGCAAAGACCGACAACCACCUGAACUUCAAUAAGGACGACGUCAUUCAGGUGUUGGAACAGCAGGAGAACUGGUGGCUGGGAGAGCUGAACGGUGAACAGGGCUGGUUCCCAAAGACAUAUGUGACACUGCUGGGAGAAGAAGAGAGUUCAGAUAUGAAGAGCUCCCCUCCUGAUGACUCUAGUGACAGCCUGCAGCUUGAAGAAUACGUGGCAUUGUACACGUACGAGUCCCCAGAGCCCGGUGAUCUGACGUUUAUGGAGGGAGAUGUGAUCUUGGUGAGCAAGAGAGAGGGCGAGUGGUGGAACGGCUCUAUAGGUGACCGUACAGGCCUCUUCCCCAACAACUACGUCAAACCUAAAGAGACAGAUACAUCAAGCAUAUCUGGAAAGAAGAAGCCAGAAAUCGCCCAGGUGAUCAGAGCCCACUCCUCUACUGGCCCCGAACAGCUGAAUCUAGAAAAUGGUCAGCUCAUCCUCAUCCUCAGCAAGAACGCCUCUGGCUGGUGGCUUGGAGAACUGCAGGCCCGUGGUAAAAAGCGUCAGAAGGGCUGGUUCCCUGCCUCUAAUGUCAAAAUUUUAGGAUCCAACAGCGGCAAGUCCACACCUGCACCCCAAGCAGUCUGCCAGGUGAUAGCCAUAUACGACUACACAGCCGCCAACGGGGACGAGAUGAGCUUCUCCAAAGGUCAGCUGAUCAACGUUUUAGACAAGAACAACCCCGAUUGGUGGAAAGGAGAGAUCAACGGGACCACCGGCCUGUUCCCCACCAAUUAUGUCAAGCUGACCACAGCAGACGGUGACCCCAGCCAGCAGUGGUGUGCAGAUCUGAACAGCCUGGACUCAUUGAGCCCCCAGGAGAAGAAGAGACAGGGUUACAUCCAUGAGCUGAUAGAGACUGAGGAAAGAUACGUGGAAGACCUGCAGAUAGUGCUGGAGGUUUUCCAUAAGCCUAUGUCAGAGUCGGGCCGGGUCAAAGAUGCAGAGAUGACCAUGAUCUUUGUCAACUGGAAAGAACUGCUGGCCUGCAACACUAAACUUCUCAAGGCACUACGUGUUCGUAAGAAGAUGGGCGGAGAGAACAUGCCAGUGCAGAUGAUCGGAGAUAUUCUGGCCGCGGAGCUGUCCCACAUGCAGCCUUACAUCCGCUUCUGCUCCUGCCAGAUAAAUGGAGCCACGCUGCUCCAGACUCGCAUCGACAGCGAGCCGGACUUCAAGACCUUCCUCAAGAAAAUUGCCACAGACUACAGGUGUAAAGGCAUGCCGCUGUCCAGCUUCCUGCUGAAACCCAUGCAGAGGAUCACACGCUACCCGCUGCACAUCAAAAACAUUUUGGAGUGUACUGCAGAGGGCCACGCUGACCGAGGUCCUCUGAAAGAGGCUCUGGAGAGAGCCGAAGAACUUUGUCAGCAGGUAAACGAGGGUGUGAGGGAAAAGGAGAACUCUGACAGACUCGAAUGGAUUCAGAACCACGUGCAGUGUGACGGUGCCGCAGAGAACCUGGUCUUCAACUCUCUCACCAACUGUUUGGGACCCAGGAAACUGCUCCACAGUGGCAAGAUGUACAAGGCAAAGAGCAACAAGGAGCUCUGGGCUUUCCUCUUCAACGACUUUCUGCUUUUGACUCAUGCAACUAAACAGUUCACCUCGUCUGGACCUGAUAAACUAUUCAGCAACAAAAACAAUGUACAGCUCAAGAUGUACAAGCCGCCUGUGCUGUUAAAUGAAGUUCUGGUAAAGCUUCCAGAUCCUUCCAGUGACGAGCCCACCUUCCACAUCUCGCACAUCGAUAGAGUCUAUAUACUCAGGACUGACAACAUCAAUGAACGGACAGCGUGGGUUCAGAAGAUCAAGGCAGCGUCUGAAGAAUUUUUUGAGACGGAAAAGAAAAAAAGGGAAAAGGCCUAUCAAGCCCGGUCUGUGAAGGCGAGUGGAAUUGGCAGACUCCUUGUCACCAUCUUGGAGGCUACUGAACUCAAGGCCGGCAAACCUAACGGUAAAAGUAAUCCCUACUGUGAAGUGACGAUGGGAGCUCAGAUCUUCACGUCCAGAACGCUCAACGACACUCUGAACCCCAAGUGGAACUUCAACUGUCAGUUUCACAUCAAAGACCUUUACCAGGACGUCCUCUGUAUCACCAUCUUUGAAAGAGACCAGUUUUCACCUGAUGACUUCCUGGGUCGGACAGAGGUUCCUGUGGCAACCAUAAAGAAAGAGUUGGAGAACAAGGGACCGGUGACGCGCCGUCUUCUGCUGCACGAGGUUCCUACAGGGGAAGUGUGGGUCCGCCUCGACCUACAGCUUUUUGGCAACAAAUAGCCACAUAGGAUGAAUGGAAAUAAUAAUGGAGUCUUCUGUUGAGACAGUCGAUUAAGGAUAUUUUUGUCCUGCAGAAUAACCAAAUAAGAAAAGCUGCUUUUUAUCACCUAAACAAACUCAGACAGUCCCGCUCACAUGCCUAUUAUGGACUAAGAUGUCAAACAAGACACACCUGAUCUGUGUUUCACACAUCAUGCCUUAAUAUUUUCAUAUUAACCAGCACUAAUUAUACCUCUUCUGAUGUCAUCUGACUCUUCCAGUAAGUGUUAGGGCCUGAGUGACUCACCUUUUUUUUUUUUUUUUUUUUUAACAUGCGAUAGAAAGGUUGUGUGACUGGUGCAGCUGUUUGCACCUGUACAAUAUGUACUGUGCACUCUGAAGGAGUUAAGACGAAGGACCACAGCCACAGAGGAGACACAGUGUCUGAUGAAGCUGAAUCUGGGUCCUCUGCUGUAAUAAUUUAUGACCUUCAAAGGGACGUAGAACUGGACGAAGACUGUGUCGAAGCAAAUAAUCUUAAAACUAUUAAUAAAGCAAUACAGCUAUAAAUAUAAAGGUUGUGCUCUACGAUAAUCUACUCUACGAUGUAGACUCACAGCCCCCAUCUCAGUUGGUUUUUAAAUAUUCAGUAACUGAGACACACCUUGCCAAGUCUGGUCAGCCGAGACCAUGUAACGAGUUGAAGUUGAGGUAACAUCUUACAAGAUUUUCUGUCACUGAUAGUUUUCCGGAGACUGUCUGAUCUGUAACAUCUUCUCACAGUCACAUGAAACGCAUCAUAAACAGUAGAUGUCAGAUGACGGACAGCGACACGGACUCUGUAGAGACGAGAAAGUUUUUUGUCAGUAGCUCUGGUCUGGAGACAGUUUACUACUGUAGAUCUCAGGAUUUGUUCUGAGUCGAGUCUGUGUUUUGUUGUGUGUGUGUGUGUGUAUGUGUGUGUGCGCAUGUCUUUGGACUGUAGAAGUGUAAACAUACUUAACAUUUAGUUAAGAUGUAGUAACAUACAAAUAUCUUCAGCUGAGGGCUUUUGAUGCUGCAACUUUUGGAGUUAACUUGUAACUUCUGGCCUUAAUGCAAGUCAUCUUUUUAGUAUUUUAAAAUCUGUUUGGGAUGAUGUUGGUCUUGAUUGGGGAUAGAUUAAUUAUUUUCUUUUGUGUGCGAAAUCAGCCAAGGCCAAGUAGUUUGAGUGUAUAUAUAUAGCUGAAAAAA